UGAAGAGGGAAGUUUGUAAGCAGUUCACUAGGAGCAAGAGGAAGAAGGAAAAGAGGAAGAAGAGCCAGACACCAGAUCCUGCUCCUGGAAGAUUAGGGGGGGUUGAAGACAUCUGUUCUCUCAGCCAUCUGGUAAAUAAGGAGUCUUCAAGUGGAAGCAGCAGACAAGGGCAGAUGAUAUUCUCCCUGCAGCCUGUACUCGUGUAUGUCUGGAACCUCUUGGCAUUUUGGAGGUAGAAGCCCUCACCCUGUAGGACUGAAUGGCCCAAGAUAUGACAGAGAAAGAGCUUCGGAAGAUGGAACUUGACCAGCUGAAAAAGGAGGUGAAGAAUGAAAGACAAAUGAUCUCCAAGACGGGCAAAGAGCUCGUGGAAUACAUAGAAUCCAUGGCAGCGGAGGAUCCUCUGUUAAAAGGAAUUCCUGAGGACAAGAAUCCUUUUAAAGAGAAGGGAGGCUGUAUAAUAAACUGACCCCCACUGCUCACAGACAAACAUGCAACUGCUUCCUCUUGCAAAACCCAGACUGCCAGUAUUCUGCCUGUUCCAUAGCAUGAUCUUUGCAGAGUGGAACAGCCCCAAACUACAUUCUCAUGAAACAUAGCACAUUUACAGCCCACAAAAAAAAAAACACCC